UCUAAAAAAUUCAUUUUUUGCCUUCUUUUACAAAAAACAAAUGAACCCUCUGCUAGGUUUUUAAUCUUCCUUUGCCACCGCUGCCAACAGGGCCGUCCUACGGCUUCCGUUGUCGCCCUCAGCCUUCCUCCCUCCAAACUCCGAUCGUGACGGAGAGAAAGGAAGUAAUCGGCACCGCUCUAACAGUUGUGUGGAAAACGUGCGUUGUGCGGGGCUGCUGGACGUGGGUGAUGGGGCCGUUGCUGCGGCCGAAGUAUGGAAGCUAGGGUUUCUGCUAUACCCUUUGUGUUUUUUGGGCUAGCAGGUUAGGGUUAGCAAUUUGAGCCUUAUUGGGCCGAAUGUAUUUAAUUCAUUUGGGCUAUGUAAAUGGUUUUGGGCUCCGGGCAAUAAUUGGGUAUUACACACCCCAUCACUAAAAACACAUCCAAAGCUAAGCUAAUCGCCCCCACCUCCGCAGCAUGUGAAUCUUUCGCUGCACACGGACCAGAAAACAAUGCCCUUGCCACCCCAUCCGAAUUUUUACGUUUGUGUAGCCUUCCUUAAAGUGUAAUAUUAAAACCAUGGGUAUAUAAUUUUUUAGGAAUAUUUUAUGCCUUUUUGUAUAACGAUCCUUUAUUUAUUACUCUUGUUCCUAUAAUAUAUCCCUUUUGUAUUCGGAAUAAUUUAUAUUUUUACGAGCCAACGCCAUUAAGACUUUGGUAUGCACCCAUUUUUCCCAUCAUCUAAAUUCAAAAGUUUUCGUCUGAUCACAAAGUUCCAUUUCCACUAAACUUCAUGGGGAACACUCGCUUCGUUCCAGAUCUUAUAGUAGCACUGCUGUUGCUUAACCUUGUGGUUUCGUUCUGUACCAAAACAACAACCAAUAUCAGCACAGAUCAGUCUGCUCUUCUCGCACUGAAAGCUCAUGUCAUUAAUGAUCCUCAAAAUUUCUUGACAACCAAUUGGUCUACUGCUUUCUCUGUUUGCAAAUGGAUCGGUGUCACUUGUGGAUCUCGGCACCAAAGAGUCAUAGCUCUCGAUCUUUCUAAUAUGAAUCUCUCUGGUACUGUAUCACCUCAUAUUGGGAAUCUAUCUUUCCUUACUUGGCUCAACAUGAAAAAGAACAAUUUUCAUGGUCCAUUACCCGCCCAGUUGGCUAAUUUACAUCGGGUGAAAUAUAUACAGUUGUCUUUUAAUGGUUUUUAUGGAGAAAUCCCAUCAUGGUUUGGUUCUUUCCCUAAACUUCAAUACUUGUCUUUGAGGCAUAACAAUUUCACAGGUGAGAUCCCAGCAGAUAUGUUUGAAGGCCUACCUAGAUUGCAAGUGCUUUAUUUGGCUAAGGACGGGCUCUCUGGCAAAAUUCCAAUGAGUUUAUUCAAGUGCAAAGAAUUACAAGAUAUAUCGUUGGCGAAUAAUAAGUUGGAGGGGAUUCUACCAAAAGAAAUAAAAAAUUUGACAAUGCUUAGGACUCUUCAACUCCACAACAACCUGAUCGAAGGUAUAAUCCCACGCCAAAUUGGAGAUCUUCUAAACUUAGAAAUAUUAAACCUUUCUACCAAUCUGUUUAGAGGACAUCUUCCUCCAACCAUCGGUAAUCUAACACAUUUGAGAACCAUCAGAUUAUCCAACAAUUCUUUAGCAGGACAUCUUCCAGUUACCUUGGGUAACCUAAGAGAUCUACAAGUGCUGGACCUAGCGUAUAAUGAUUUCAGUGGCACACUCUCAUCCUCGGAUAUCAACUUUCUAUCAUCAUUAGCAAAUUGCAAUGACUUGAGAUUCUUGGGAUUCGGAGGAAAUCCGUUGGUCACUGGUUACCUUCCAGCUUCUAUAGGAAAUCUCUCGGUUUCUCUUCAAUAUUUCUAUGUUUCGGGUUGCAACAUUGGUGGCAGCAUUCCAGGGGAAAUUGGCAAUCUUACCAACUUGGUAAUUUUAGAUCUUAGUAGGAAUAAUCUAGUUGGAUCCAUCCCCACUACCUUUACAAGACUUAAACAUAUCCAGCGGCUACACAUGUCUUCCAACUUUCUAAGAGGGCCUCUCCAAAUUGAUAUUGGUAACUGGAAUGUUGCUGAACAUCUGGACUUUUCACGAAAUCAGCUUUCAGGGCCAAUCCCCCAUGGCAAGCAAUUUGGUACAUUUGAGAACGACUCUUAUAUAGGGAACUUGGGUUUGUGUGGAUUCCCAUUGUCAAAGGAAUGUAACAAUGAUGAAAGACCGGAAGCAGUGCAAGAUGAAGAAGGUAAUGGAAAUGGAAUAGCGUUUAUUUGGAAAGUUGCGGUGAUGGGGUAUGGAUGUGGAAUGAUACUAGGAAUUAGCAUGGCAUAUAUUGUAUUCACAACAAGAAAAGCUCGGUGGCUAGUAAGAAUGAUCGAGAGAAUUACAAAAUAA